AAUCAGCUGAUUUGUUGGCUGAGGACGGCUUCAAAUACGGCUGGGAGCCAUCUUGAAUCCUUGUUUGACAAGACUCUUUCGUAGUCAGCUAAAGAAAUCGAGUACACUGUACAAAUACCACAAACGGGACGGCUUUGUUUCUGUUAUACAAGGGUUGGGCAGACUUGAAAGGACACAGAGGCCCAGUUAUGCUAACGGGAUGGCUAACUGAGCAGUUUGCCAACGUUUGAAAGCUAACUAAGCCUUCCUGGUGUGUUGAAUUCCUGAUAAAGUUGGAAGAUUAACCCUAUGCUAAGCCCUUAUUUAAUUUCCAUGCUCAGAUGUCUUAGUAGAUUUAAUACGACAUAUUCAUUUCUUGACACUUGAUGCCCCAUUCGUUUUGAUGAGUAAUAAAAUAAAUUGAUUUGUUUAAAAGCCAAGGGCCGCUUUGAGUUUGAGUAGUCUCAGCAGAGUGGACUCACUUUGUUUAGAGACCGUUAAAGAUUUAAUUGGUGUUGGAGUAAAAUAAAAUAAGUUGACAUGAGCACCACCAGGACAGAGAACCCAGUGAUUUUGGGCUUGUCCAACCAGAACGGACAGCUGAGAGGCUCAGGGAAACCUGCAGGAGCUCCAGGCGGAGGUGGAGGGGGUCCUCAACAGCCGCAGUUGAACCAGAUGAUAAAAGGCACAAUUAAUGGCAAUUCCCAGCCAACCCCUCCAACAAAUGCUGUUAUCAAGCCUGGAGAUGACUGGAAGAAGAAUUUGAAAUUGCCCCCAAAGGACACGAGGAUCAAAACUUCGGAUGUGACUGCAACUAAAGGCAAUGAGUUUGAAGAUUAUUGCCUGAAGAGGGAGCUACUUAUGGGAAUCUUUGAGAUGGGCUGGGAAAAGCCAUCUCCAAUUCAGGAGGAAAGUAUUCCCAUUGCACUGUCAGGAAGGGAUAUUUUGGCCAGAGCCAAGAAUGGCACAGGAAAGAGUGGAGCCUACCUCAUUCCCCUUCUUGAACGCAUUGACCUGAAGAGAGAUUUUUUACAAGCUUUAGUCAUAGUGCCCACCAGAGAACUGGCACUGCAAGUAAGCCAAAUAUGUAUCCAGGUCAGUAAACACAUGGGCGGAGUGAAGGUGAUGGCGACCACAGGUGGAACCAACCUCCGCGAUGACAUCAUGAGGCUCGAUGAAACGGUACAUGUGGUUAUUGCUACUCCUGGGAGGAUUUUAGACCUAAUCAAGAAAGGAGUUGCCAAAGUCAGCCAAGUACAGAUGAUUGUUUUGGAUGAAGCAGACAAGCUCCUGUCUCAGGACUUUGUGGUUAUGAUGGAGGAGAUGCUGGGCUUCCUGCCCAAACAGAGGCAGAUUUUACUUUACUCUGCCACCUUCCCUCUCAGUGUGCAGAAGUUUAUGAAUGCACACUUGCAAAAACCUUAUGAGAUCAACCUAAUGGAGGAACUAACACUGAAGGGGGUGACUCAGUAUUAUGCUUAUGUAACAGAAAGGCAAAAGGUCCAUUGCCUCAACACCUUAUUCUCCAGGCUCCAGAUUAACCAGUCUAUAAUCUUCUGUAACUCCUCUCAGAGAGUGGAGCUUCUUGCCAAGAAGAUUUCCCAGCUUGGUUAUUCAUGUUUCUACAUUCAUGCCAAGAUGAGACAGGAACAUCGCAACCGUGUUUUCCAUGACUUUAGAAAUGGGCUGUGCCGAAACCUUGUCUGCACUGAUCUCUUCACGAGAGGGAUUGACAUUCAAGCUGUGAAUGUUGUGAUCAACUUUGAUUUUCCCAAGCUGGGAGAAACGUACCUCCAUCGCAUUGGAAGAUCUGGACGCUUUGGCCACCUUGGCUUGGCCAUCAACCUCAUCACCUACGACGAUCGCUUCAACCUUAAAGCGAUUGAGGAGCAGCUUGGAACAGAGAUCAAGCCCAUCCCCGGCAUCAUUGACAAGAGCUUGUAUGUGGCGGAGUACCACAGUGAGAGUGGUGAAGAAGUCAAGCAGUGAGCCCGUAGAUCAGCCCAAUCUCCACUCCUUCAAACCCUUUUCACCCCCUGCUUGUCUUGGAUUGUUUUCUUUUUUUUUACCCUUGUGUGUACAGUUUUUCUUUCGGACGCCACCUUCAGGAAUGCAUUUUGAGACGGACACUUUUUGGAAGAACUCAUCUGCCUUGUUUAAAGGCUUUGUGCUGCAUUGCAACAUACUGAAGACAUGAGCACGAAGAGGAAAGCACUGGACCAAAUGGAGCGAUAUCGGUGCACAUGGACGACGACUAAUUCAUAUCCAUGACUGACACAAAGCCGGGCCCAGACAGACCCUAAAAGGACACCAUCCAUUCUGCACGUUUUCUUUUCAAACUUUUAACCAAUUUGUAACAAGUGCCUUAACAAGCAGUUCGACAUGUUCUGAAGUAAUAACCCGUCAUUGUCCUCCUCUCUACUCACUCAGCACCACGUAUUCAUGUUCACAUAAUUGAGAAUUUGUUACAGUCAUUGUCUGACCAUAGGGGUAAAUUCAUAACUAGUUUUGGUGGGUCGGGUCGUCCUAUUUGUGAGGAAAGCUGGUCUGAUUUAACUUUUUAUUGCUGUCUGAGUGGAAUUUGAGUCUGGCUGAUAAAUGAGGGCAAACCUGGAUUUUCACUGAGCAGAGACUGGAUUUUUUUUUUUUUUUCUUUCUCCAAGAGACAGCCAGACUGCUCGGUUGCUUGUGAAGAAGCUCGUGCUUCUCUAGAGACCCUGAUCCUUUCCUCUGUCUUCAGCUUCAGAACACUAAAAGUCAAAGAGCAGCCUGAAAACACCGAUUCAUGAGGAUUCCUGUUCCAGUGGCGUUUCUUUGAAGAGAACGUUUAGUUUUUCAUUGUUGUCCUGUUUCACCCUCCUAUGGAUGGCCAUACCUUAUUCUGCAAGACAGGAAGCCAACAUGUGGGGUUCAACUUUCACCUUCUGUACAUACUUUCAUUUUAAAAUUGUUUUAAAGAAAAUUAUAACUGGCUGGCAAACUAGAAAGCUGCCCGCCCCUUCUCUUGUUAGCACUGGAGAUCUUUUCCUCAACUGCCAGUUUCUGUCCUGCAAUAUUGGCCAUGGAGUUUAUUUAUAAUUUUAGAGAAUGUAAAAACAUUUGGUGAUAGUGUUCAUGAAAUGUUUUUGGGGCAAUCAGAAUUUAUUUUAUUUUUUCUAGUACUGCAGUUUGACGGUGCAAUUCUUAAAAUGUGCACUUCGUGUUUAAACGUUGCCCUGAUUCUCUCCUGCUACCAGUGUUGACAAGCACAGGCCCAACAGAUGGCUUCCCUAGACUGUAUUUAGAUUAAUGAUUUUUUUUUUUUUUUUUUGUGCCACCAGCCCAGAUCUGUGAAACGGACUCAAAGACUGAUUUAUCAGAGCGAGCGCUGGUGUUUAAAGAGAAAUAAUAAUCUAUCGCAUAGUCGCUCUUCUCGCUGCAGUGCAGCUUAAUUGGCUGUUGAUUUGUUUUCUGAAGGGAAGCUGUUGGCUGUUACGUUGAUUUAUGCCAUGUCUGAGCUUGGCUACAUAAAUUCCUGUUGGGCAGAAGCUGUUUUGUCCUCCACCCCUUUGUUUUAUUUUUAUUUUUUUAAAGCCAAAUGCAUCAAAUGAACCAUCUGGCUUAAAAUGUAGCAGGAAUUUAAUCAAAAUCACCUCAGCAGGUUGAGUUGCACUUAAAACACACAGAGGGUUGGUUGUAACCAUCUGCUCUGACCUGGACUGCUUUAUUUACAUCUAUGAUGAGAGAAAUGUAUCGUAGUGCAGAACUGCUGAAUAAUUGGCCUAAAAAAAAGAAGUGGGACUGCUUGUUGGAAAUCGUCCUGGGCAGCUCGGCCUGCUGAGUCCAGGCCCUCUGUUCUCUGCCCGUUGUUGCUUUACGUUCUGGGAUUUUGGGGUUAGGUUUGACAUUACUUUAAGGUUUGCUGAACUUUGUGUUCAGCUGGAACCUUUUAGGUCCCCUUUAUUUCUGGUGAGAUGCUCUCAACGGUUCCAAUCAAUGAGAAUCAUUCCUCCAUUCAAAGCUCAAUUAAGAUUUCUCAUGUUUCUCAUUGGUUUUGAGCUCUGAUCCCUGUUCCCGCGGUUCUGGCGUCCCAGAAAUUGUCGCACGUUUGCUUUAUUUGGCUGAUUUUGGGGGGGGGGUGGGAGGGAUCUUAUUUUAUUAUUUUUGUACAAGAACUAAAAAUCCAAAACAACCCAAGCACUGCCGAGCGAACAGGGAUCACGUUGUUCAGACACGUGGCAGCUGUCUGUUUGUUGGCGGUAUUCUGGCAGUAAUUGCACCAGCCUGUGGUUCCAAAACUAACGUGUUUCAGUGUGGUUGUUGGUUGAAAAGCAGCCUUACUGCCAGAGGCCGUCACAUGUUCAACCAUAAAGACUGAGACAAGAGCAUCUUACCGUGGAUUGGGUGACUAAUUGAGUAAAUUUUGCAUCCAUAUUGUCUCAGUCUUUAAGGUCUCCUUUAAAAGAAAUGUGGGGUGGGUAAUUUGGCGCCUUUGCUGCCCUGAUGCAUUUGUUAGUUGUUUUUGUAGCUGGAAAAAAAAAUGACAACACAGCUUUGUGUAAAUCGCGGCCAACGUCUCACUUGGCUGACGAGAAAACACGAGUCCUUUUAAGGAUGUCCUUCCCGACAACAAAUGCAUCAGUGAAAAUGUGGGAGGGGCAAGUGGGCACUUAAAGAAAAAUGUCAAUAUUAUGGGGAAUAAAUCCAAAGUUUAGGUAAAGGGCAUAAAAAUAUUUGAUUGAGUUGCCCCUUUAAUUUGUUUUCUCAUGGAGUGUUCAAAUGGAGUAUACCUCAACUUCAAGUCUCCAAAUUUAAGUAAAUUUAAAGCCUGUGUUCCUUUUUUUUUCUUUUAAAUUUGAUGAAGUAAUUGGCCGUUUUCAGUGAGGCAAAUUUUACAAGUUUAGAAGUCAUUGACAUUAUUGGAUAUUGAAUUAAAAGUUUUGUUUGGGGAAAAAUAAAUCUCACUGAAAUUUAA